UUUGGCAUUUUGUUGACCAAGAAAUGGUUCACUAUCAUCAGCAACCAACCAUAAAUCAAAUCCAAAAUCUAUAAUGAUCUGAUCUAACACAACACCCACCUUGAACUACUGAGCUCUUAAUAGACACCAACCUACAAAGUUUUUUCAUCUCAUUUGUGAACCUAAAAGAUACUAACAUUUUACACAACAUCAUUCACCAAAAUGGGAAAUAGCUUGGGAACCAAGAAAACAGCGACAAUCAUGAACAUCAAUGGCGAGAGUUUCAAACUGAAAACGCCUGUGGAAGCUGGUACAGUGGUUAAAGAUUUUCCAGGCCACGUUCUCUUGGAAUCCGAAGCAGUGAAGCGUUUAGGAAUCAGAGCAAAGCCCUUGGAGCCUCACCAAAACUUGGAAUCCAAAAGGAUUUACUUCAUGGUUGAACUUCCAAGAACAUGGAAAGAGAGAACUCCAAGAAGGGUUCGGUCGGGAAUCCAGAUGAGUGCGAAGGAGAGAUUAGAGAAUCUGAAGCUGUCUCGUAGAUCAUCAUCUGAUCUCUCGGUAAUGAAGAAGAAGACAGAGGUUAAUGAUGAAGAGAGAGAAGUGAGUAGCGUGAAGUUGAAGUUACCAAAGUGGAAAAUUGAGAAACUGAGGAAAGAGAGUGAGAGUGGCUCUGAUUUCUCCAACAAGAUCACACAACUUUGUCUCCUUCACAUACCAAGUGGUUUGAUUCAUCAAAGACAACAUUUGCUUCGUAAUGGAGGAAGAAACUUUGGGAUUGAAGAAAAAGAAGAAGGUGCCAAAAUCACAUGAGGUGAUCAAUACUUUUGAAGGGCUUUGAUCCUAUUUUAUUUUUGUUGAAACAUCGAUCCGUUUCUCAAGCCACGUUUCUCGCUUCUUUAAUUACACUAGGAAACAAAUGUACUCCAACUUGUGUUACUAAUGUCACAACUUACAUCUUCUUCUAGUCUAUUCUAAAUCAAGAAAAAAAAAUAUACAAACUAACAACAAGUGGAAGAAUAACUUGUGUCAUUCAGAUAAUCUUUGAAUAUUUUAUUUUUUAAAGUCUUCUUU